GGGGGGGGUGCCUCGCGCAUGCCCGGCACCGCCCGUUAAAUACCGGCGGGCUGGGAGGGAGCGGGACCGCCGCCCCCGGGAGCGGGACUGAGACCGACACCGCCCCCGCCAUGGCCAGCGAGGGUGAGCCCGGGCGCCGCCGCCGCUGCUGCACGCACGAUGCGCCGGAUGUCCCCAAGGCCACCGAGCCUCGGGGUGACAGUGAUGGCCCCCGCCGGGGUUCCCUUUGCGACCGGCACUGCGCCGCCAUCAACAAUGUGCAGGGGGACUUGAGUGACCUGGCCCCCCACCUGCACCGUCCCCGUGUCCUCCCAGGUAGGUUGGCUAUGGGAUGGGCUGGGCAUGGGGCUCCGGGGGGGGGGGGGGGGGUGUCCCACACCCCCUGUCAUCUCCCUAUCUUGUCUGCAGCCAUGUCCCCCCCGUCCUGCUGCCAGCAGCACUCGGAGGAGGUCUGUGAGAGCUGCGUGGUGAAAACCACCCUGACGGCCGAAAAUGUCGUGGAAGCCAACAAGCUCUCCAACAACUACAAGUUUGGGUUCAAGAAGUGGAAGAGCCAUGUGACGGCGCGGCCCUGGGAGGACCGAUCGGAGAUCGUCAAGGAGCUCUACUCUGACCUCAAUGUCAUCCGGGGUUCUGGAGGUGAGUGGCCCUGGGGACAGCCUAUGUGGUGGCAGCGUGGAUUUGGGAUGGUGCAAGUGACAAUGGUCCCAUCUGAUGCCUUUUCUCCCGCAGGGUCCACAGUGACAUGUGGGAACGUCCUCUACCUGCUGCUCUUUGGCUGGUGGCUCUCGUUCAUCUACGUCCUCAUGGCUGCCAUGAUGUUCAUCACUAUUGUGGGGGCUCCUUAUGGGCGGCUCUGCUGGGACCUGGCUGGGUAUUUCCUCUGGCCCUUUGGCAAAGUGAUCCAGAAGGUGGAGGUCCCCAAAUCCCACGGGGCGCUGGGCGCGUGCGAGGCCGGCGCAGAGACGAGUGGCGCGGGGGAGAGCUCAGCCCUGCUCGGUGGUCCUGUGCCACGCCGCUGGCGCCCAUGGUGCUGGGCAGACGGCAGACACUGGCAGCGUGCUGGGGCCGUGGUGUGGCUCUGCCUGGGCUACCCAAUGCUGGUGCUGGCCCAUGGACUAGUGUGUGUCACAGCAUGGCUCCUCGUCGUCCUCAUCCCCGUGGCCAAGCUGAAUGCCCGCACCAUCACCCGUGUCCUGCUGCUACCCCCGGAGCAGGUGGUCGUCCGGCGCCUGAGGAUGACGGAGGUGCCACUGGAGGGGGAGGUGAUCCUCUGCUGCUACCGCGCCGUCAACCCCUACUACUACAAAUAUGCCGUGGACGGCAUCAAUGUCUUCGCCGUCAACCUGCUGCCGUUGGUGCUGGUGACACUGGUGCUGGGCUACGUGGACAGCCACAACCGCCUGACCAGCUCCCCCAUCAAGUUCACGUUGGCCCUGCUCUCCAUCAUGCCUCUCUCCUACUACAUCGGGAUGGCCAUCGCCAGCAUCUCGGCCCAGAGCAACUUUGCGGUGGGAGCCGUGGUGAACGCCACGUUCGGCUCCAUCACGGAGCUCACCUUCUACAUCACGGCCCUCAUCAAGGGCUCGCGGGAGGGCAACCGCUGCUAUGCCGAGAUCGUCAAGUCAGCGUUGACGGGGACGCUGGUGGGCUGUGUCCUCUUUGUCCCGGGUCUGUGCAUGGUGAUUGGGGGCAUCCGGCACCAGGAGCAACGGUUCAACAGCCGCUCGGCGGGUGUCAGCUCAGCCCUACUCUUCCUCUCUGUGGGAGGUGUCUUUGCCCCAACGCUCUUCUCCAAGGUGUACGGGAAGCUGGUCUGUGGCGAGUGCCACAACGUCACCCAGAACCCGCUGGGCCACUACCUCUGCCACAACUGUCACUUUGACUUGAUGGAGAACAACGGCACCCUCUACUACAGUCACGUCCAACCCCUGGUGUACACCGUGUCCCUCCUGCUCCCUGCUGCCUACCUCAUCGGCCUCUUCUUCACCCUGAAAACGCACACGCACAUCUAUGACAUCCACAUCAGCGGCUGUCACAGUGAGUGUCCCCAAACCGUGGGGUACCCCAGCUGUGGGGCUGGCUCUUCUCACUGCCCUGGGGCGUCCCACCAUGUCUCUGCUCUUCCCCCCCCAGUGCCUGGCCACCACCACAGCGCUGUGGUCCACUGGUCUCGCUGGCGGGCCCUGGUCAUCCUCCUGCUCUCCACCCUCUGCAUGUCAGCCUGUGCUGACCUGGCCACGGAGCACAUCAGCCCCAUCCUCACCAACUCCACCAUCUCCCAGUACUUCAUCGGUGUCACUGUGCUGGCGAUGGUGCCUGAGCUGCCGGAGAUCGUCAACGGCAUCCAGUUUGCCCUGCAGAACAACCUGAGCUUGAGCAUCGAGAUUGGGAACUGCAUCGCCGUCCAGGUCUGCAUGCUCCAGAUCCCCAUCCUGGUGCUCUUCACCAUCUUCUACCCAACCAACUUCACGCUUGUCUUCAGUGACCUCCAUGUCUAUGCCAGCAUGUUCAGCGUGGUGCUCAUGAACUACAUCUUCAUGGAUGGCAAAUGUGACUACUUCCAAGGCACGGUGCUGGUGAUGGUCUACUUCAUCCUCCUGGCUGUGUAUUUCUUCGCCCCAUCGCCCAGUGGUUGCUGAGGUUUGGACUCUGCUUUCCCCAACCCUCUCGGUGGGCUCAGCGCCUGUCAAGGCGUUAUCCGAUGUCUCAGGGACUUGGCUGGGCCGGUUCCGGUCCGGAAGCAUCGUUUGCUGAAGCUCCUGCUGCUGCCUGGC